AGCGAUCACCAUGGAGAUCGCUCCUCUAGCCCCGCCCAGCGACCGAGAUUAUAUUUAGGUCCUCCGCGCAACUUUAUUAUACAGAAGCCUCGUGAACAACGGAUAGAGAAGCGCCAUUACCGGGCAGAGGACAGAAUCCUUGGCGUCCGGCUGCCUCCAGACAAGAGGUCCGAUGGUGUCAGGCACAACACUGGCUCCUGGGGGCGCUAUCACUGGGAUGAUCUGAUGAAUGACCCUUAAAUGGAGGAGCCCUCUUUCUUCUACCUCUGUAUUAUUGACGUGACUAUACUGAGGACUAUGCCCGACCCUUGAUCUGUGAGGAGACUUUACUAGUGGCCAUCAUGCUCCCGUGUAUCACCGCCUGCCUGCGCCUGCUCCUCAACCACCGCCGCCGCUGGCCACUCAUCGUCCUCCUUAUCUCCCUGUUCUUUUUCCUCAGUGUCUCGGGGUAUCUUGAAGAGUUUCUCUCUGGGAUCCUUUCCGUCUUUUACUUCACCUCUUCUCGUACGUCUUCACCUCAGGUCCAGAACAUCGCCUUCCCCCCUCUCCUCUUAUCUCCCGUCAGCGCCUGCUCAUCCCCCCCUUUUCUGCUCAUCUUGGUGGCUAGCGCCCCGUCCCAUAGAGACAGAAGGGAUGCCAUCCGUCAGACAUGGGGCAGCCUCACCUCCGCCACGGCCUCUGCGUCUCUCACCCUCUUUAUCCUGGCCGUACCCAAGUCACCAGAGGAACGGGCGGCAUUGGUGCACGAGGCUGUGACCCACCGGGACAUCAUACAAGCCAACUUCACAGACUCCUACCGAAAUCUGACACUGAAAACUGUCACCGGGCUGACAUGGGCCUUGCAAAAAUGCAAAGGGGCCCAAUAUGUGCUCAAGACUGACGAUGAUGUUUUUGUGAAUACGGUGUAUAUGACGCAAUUCUUAAGAGGAGAAACUGGUCUCCAGUACAUGGGGCAGCUGCACUGGCACGUGACGCCAUACAGGGACCCUGAGAACCGGCAUUACAUACUGCAGGAACUGUACUCUGGUAACUACCUCCCACCCUACUGCAGUGGCACUGGCUAUAUAUUGUCUUAUGAAGCUGCCAACCUCAUCAUGGAGCAGCUGAGGAGCGGCCCUUGGCCAGAGGUAGAGGAUGUGUAUAUCGGUAUCUUGGCCCAGGCAGCCGGGAUCGCUCCGAGACAUGUCGCAAAGAUUGCAGGAUCUUUGGCAGUGCCGCACAGCACCUGCUGCUAUCGAACCAUGUUCACCUCUCACGGGAUGACGCCAAAGGGCAUGCAGGAGGCCUGGAAUAUGCUGAAGGAGGCCGGGGAUCACUGGUGCCCCUCAGGGGUUCUCUUCUAUUGUAAAUUAUUUGGCCAAUUGGUGGAAGAUGGAGGGGAUGGGGUGCACUGAGGACAGUUCUUAAAGACCAGCAGGAUACUUCCAUUGUGAUGUUUUCCAACACCCAUCACCAGCAGUGAUCCCUGAGUAUAAUCAUCUAGGAUGGGCCUCCCAGACUGCGUAUUUAUCCACUGACACUUCCAUUAAUUGGGUUGAUACUGGGCUGUACUUUUAAUUGGGUCUCUUAGAUUUUUCAUUUUCCUUCACUGUAAGGAUAUGUUCGCAUGACACAAUUUCUCAGUAGAAUUCUGCAAAAAUAUUCCGCUGCAGCAGAGUCCCAUUGAUUUCAUUUGGAUUCUGCCGCACUGUAUACAAAGCAGAUGUUUCUGCCGAGGAAAUCCCAAUUCUGGCGUCCGCAGAAAGAAUAGUCAUGUCUAGUUCUGCAGAUUCCGCUCGGAAAGAAAUGCAUUUCCGAGCUGUCCUAGUGCCCGCUGGAUCAUUCAAAUGUGCGGAAUGUCCGCCUGUGUUUUUCCUGCCAGACAUUCUACACCGAAUCGACCGUGUGAACAUGGCCUAAGAAUCGCCUAAUGCAAGGCUCCAGAAUUACAUUGGAGGCAACACGGAUCCUCUGUUGUACCUAUUGAAGUGUAUAUAGGGCCUCACUGUAGCUAGAAGAGCUUGUAUACUACACUGCAUGCCAUGAAAGGCUGGCUUCACAUCACGUUUUUACCAAUACAG